GAGGCGCCGGGGCUCUCGGGGCGGCGGGAGGAAGGGGAGGAGGAGGAGGAAGGCGUCCGUGAAGCGCGCAGGGAGCAGGAGGCCAUGAACGGCGACCGCACGGAGAGCGACUGGCAGGGGCUGGUGAGCGAGUACCUGGUGUGUAAGAGGAAGCUGGAGAGCAAGAAGGAGGCCCUGCUGAUCCUCUCCAAGGAGCUGGACACCUGCCAGCAGGAAAGGGACCAGUACAAGCUCAUGGCCAACCAGCUCCGGGAACGCCACCAGUCCCUGAAGAAGAAGUACCGAGAGCUGAUUGAUGGAGAUCCAUCACUUCCCCCCGAAAAGAGGAAGCAGGCUAACCUCGCACAGCUGUUGAGAGAGUCUCAGGACCGAAAUAAACACCUGGGAGAAGAAAUGAAAGAGCUUCAGCAACGGCUCGGCGAAGUCCUGGGUGACAACAAGCUGUUGAGGAUGACAAUUGCCAAGCAAAGGCUCGGGGAUGAAGAGAUGGGUGUGCGGCACUUUGCAGCCCAUGAGCGGGAAGACCUGGUCCAGCAGCUGGAGCGGGCCAAGGAGCAGAUCGAGUCUUUGGAGCAUGACCUUCAGGCCUCCGUAGACGAGCUUCAGGAUGUUAAGGAGGAGCGGACUUCCUACCAGGACAAAGUGGACAGGCUGAACCAGGAGCUCAACCAUAUCCUGGGCGGGCAUGAGAACCGUAUCAUUGAUGUGGAUGCCCUGUGCAUGGAGAAUAGAUACCUUCAAGAGAGAUUAAAACAACUCCAUGAAGAGGUCAGCCUCCUGAAAUCCAACAUUGCUAAAUACAAGAAUGCCCUUGAGAGACGGAAAAACUCAAAGAACCAGGGCAAGUCCUGCAGCAGUGCUCUGACUGGAGUCCUGUCUGCAAAGCAAGUCCAGGAUCUGCUGUCCGAGGACCACGGGUGCAGCCUCCCCGCCACCCCGCAGUCCAUCUCUGACCUGAAGUCCCUGGCAACUGCCCUGCUGGAAACGAUCCAUGAGAAAAACAUGGUCAUUCAGCACCAGCGACAAACCAACAAAAUCCUAGGGAGUCGGGUGGCUGAGCUGGAGAAAAAAUUACGAACUCUGGAAGUUUCUGGUUUGUGGAGUCUUCCAGGGGGCAAGGACACCAUACUAUUUAGUGAUCCCACUCUUCCCACCAUCCAGAGGUCAAGAUCGCCACUGCUGAAGUUUGCCGAGCAGCCCAUGGAGAAGCAAACGGAUCCCAAGGAUGGAGAGGCUCAGAAGCAGGAAGGAGAUGAAAGUUGUGGCACUGCCGAGGCGUUGACAGCACCUGAGGAUACUGGGAGGCCCGCUGUCAGCUCCCCAGCAAACACGAGCCACGGGAACCAACACAAGCACUUUCAUCAUCCCUCAUUACCCCAGUUACCUUCUGAGGAGGAAGAAGUCAACAGGCUUGGAAGGGAAGUAAUUAAACUGACAAAGGACCAGGUGGCUGUGGAACUGAAAGGGGUCCAAAGAGAAAGUCCCAUGGAGGGGCAGAGGAACCAGCCGGGGCUGUCCCCACCCAGCCUGUCCUGCAAAGGGGAGCUUCCCAGAUCUCUCCUGGGUGACCUGGAGUCCACCCAGUCUACACUGAAAGAUGACAAAGAGAUCCCAGAGGGCAGAGACACCAGAAGCGCCACGCAAACAUGA